AUGUCCAAGAAAGAAGCUAUUCAACAAAAAAUGGAGCUUCACAAGCCCCUAUUUCUCCUCUUCAUCAUAGCAAUACCAAUGGUUGCUGCUCCUACCCCACCGCUUGCCGGAGCAGUGAUGGAUCAAUACGGUUACUAUUCACCACCACCACCACCACAACAAAGUCCACCAGAAAUACCACAUUCACCACCGCCGACGCCUUGUAGGCAUACUCCACCAAUCCCACCUCCUACGUGUAAUCCGCCACCAUCACAACCUCCUACAAAUAAUCCGCCACCACCACAAACUCCUCCUCCAACGCCUCAAACUCCACCACCACCAAAAACACCACAUUCACCACCUUGCAGGCAACCUCCACCACGCCAACCUCCACCACCUCCUAUAAGAACUCCUCCCCCAACCCCUCAAACUCCACCACCACCACCACCAAAAACACCACAUUCACCACCUUGCAGGCAACCUCCACCACGCCAACCUCCACCACCUCCUAUAAGAACUCCUCCCCCAACCCCUCAAACUCCACCACCACCACCACAAACUCCUCCUCCAACACCACAAACUCAACCACCACCACCACCACCACCAAGAACACCACAUUCACCACCUUGCAGGCAACCUCCACCACCUCCUAUAAGAACUCCUCCCCCAACCCCUCAAACUCCACCACCACCACCACCACCACAAACUCCUCCUCCAACGCCACAAACUCCACCACCACCACCACCACCACCAAAAACACCACAUUCACCACCUUGCAGGCAACCUCCACCACGCCAACCUCCACCACCUCCUAUAAGAACUCCUCCCCCAACCCCUCAAACUCCACCACCACCACCAUCACAAACUCCUCCUCCAACGCCACAAACUUCACCACCACCAAAAACACCACAUUCACCACCUUGCAGGCAACCUCCACCACGCCAACCUCCACCGCCUCCUAUAAGAACGCCUCCCCCAACCCCUCAAACUCCACCACCACCACCUCAUACUCCCCUCUCACCAUUCCCACCCCACACGCCACCAUCUGCUACUCCACCACCACCAUCACCGUAUUAUUAUGAUCAGCCACCACCAUCACCGUACUAUUAUGAUCAUCCACCGCCACCCUACUAA